UUCUGGGGGUGCUCGCUCACUCCCUGAGUGCGCAGACGCAGGGGCUGCGAGUGGACAUUUUGGUCUUUGUCCACGGGUCAGCACGGCCGUCGGGUCCACGUGGCGCCAAAGUAGGAGAAGCAGUCGAGGAAGGACACGCACACAGAGCAACACUGACACCUGGGAGGUCAGUUGACUCCACCAAGGAGAGGGGACGCAAGAAUCGAAUACUCUUCUGUGCUCACAGACUUCACUUCUUUUUACAGAACAGACUUCGAUUUUUAAAAGGCAAAACAUUUUCAAAGCUGAAACUUUUGAGCUUGAAACAUAAUUUAGAUUUAAAGAGGAAGUUGUAUGGGAACGAAUCCUCUGCUUUGUACAGUUUGGAAGUCCUCUACCAUAGUAUACUUCUAGUAAGAAUGUCUUAUAAGUAGAGUAUAGUGUGGAAAUGCCUGCAGUUUGUUAGUGGAGAGCACAGAGCAGAGGAAAGCCUCUGCCUUCCAGAAGGUGGGAAGCACUCACUUAAGUGUCCUGAGUCCCUGAACAGAGAAGUCAUGCUGAGAGGAAGCCCUGUGUCUCACAGCAAUAUUGAAAAGCCUUCAGCCAGAUGACAGCUCUCUCUGCACUGCUGGAGAAAAACAGUGAACUUUACAAGAACAACAUUGACUAUUAGGAAAACUUACUCUGGGAAGAAAGGUUUGUUCUGAUAAAGUUCUCUUCACCUUUCUCCCUUGCUCUGCCUCUGAAUGAGCAGGCAGACACAGACAGAAGCUGUAGAACUGUGAGAAAUGUGGAAACAUCCUCAGUCAGGAGCAAGCCCUCAUUCAUCCAAACUUUCCUGUUGGAGAGAAACGCUGUGAACGUGCUACAGCUUCUAUUCAGAUGUCACACCUCAGUCAGCAGAGAAUUGUAAGCGGGGGAAGCCCCUUUGCCUGCAAGGUGUGUGGAAAACUCUUUAGCCACAAAUCGAAUCUUACAGAGCACGAGCAUUUUCAUAAUAGAGAAAAGCCCUUUGAAUGCAACGAGUGCGGGAAAGCCUUCAGCCAGAAGCAGUACGUCAUUAAGCAUCAGAACACUCACACCGGAGAGAAGCUCUUCGAGUGCAAUGAUUGCGGAAAAUCCUUCAGCCAGAAGGAAAACUUGCUCACCCAUCAGAAAAUUCACACUGGAGAGAAACCUUUUGAGUGCAAAGAUUGUGGAAAAGCUUUCAUUCAGAAGUCAAACCUUAUCAGACAUCAGAGAACUCACACAGGAGAGAAGCCCUUCAUAUGUAAGGAGUGUGGGAAAACCUUUAGCGGCAAAUCAAAUCUUACUGAGCAUGAGAAAAUUCAUAUUGGUGAGAAACCCUUUAAGUGUAACGAAUGUGGAACAGCUUUUGGCCAGAAAAAGUACCUGAUAAAGCAUCAAAACAUUCACACUGGAGAGAAGCCUUAUGAAUGCAAUGAAUGUGGGAAAGCCUUCUCUCAGCGAACAUCACUUAUUGUGCAUGUGAGAAUUCAUUCAGGCGAUAAGCCUUAUGAAUGCAAUGUGUGUGGGAAAGCCUUCUCUCAGAGUUCAUCUCUAACCGUGCAUGUUAGGAGCCAUACCGGUGAGAAACCCUACGGGUGCAAUGAGUGUGGGAAGGCCUUUUCUCAGUUCUCAACCCUGGCCCUGCAUCUGAGAAUCCACACAGGUAAAAAGCCUUAUCAGUGUAGUGAGUGCGGGAAGGCUUUCAGCCAGAAGUCCCAUCACAUCAGACACCAGAAAAUCCAUACUCAUUAAACGCUCUGAAUAUCUUCAAUACAGGGAAGUGUUUGUUUGGAAUUUACACCUCAUAGUGCAUCAUUUGGUCAUUCUCUAGGCUAAGCACCAUAAAUCAACCAAACAUUUAUCAUGUCGUGAAUACCGGAGAAUUCAUACUGAAGGGAAAGAAGGGAUUAAAAGCCUGCACUCAGUGAAUGCAACAGAAAAGAAGGGCAGUGCUGAACUGAACACAGUCGUCUCCGGUCGAGAGCGGCAACUAGGCCUGUUCUGAUGGCUGUUAGCAUCGAUCUGCAGGUCUAGUCAGUGAAGACAGCAAUUACAGAAUGAUAACUGUCCAUUUGCCAGGAUUUAGAACAUGAAAACAAUUGCUUCAGCCGAACACCAAGACUAUGUUUGGAGGUAAAUUGUUCUCUGAGAAGGAAACCCAUACACCACAAACUGUAAACGAUAGUAAAAGUAAAAUAUAUGUAUAUUGAAAGCAGAAAUAUGGAAAUGCUAUACAUUAUACAAGGUUGACUUUGGGAGUGGGAAAACAUUCCUUGUAACAUUUGAAAAUACUUAGAAAUUUUCAUGAGUAUUUAUGCUCCAGAGGGGAGGCACCAGGAAAUUUACCAUGACUUAAUGUAGAAUAGCCGAAUACUAGAAAUGAACUGCCUUUUAGGAAUGGGAUGAGACAAAUUUUGGUGUAUUAUUAUGCAGACAUCUAACAUGCAGACGAUGAGGUGUGUGCAUAACUGAAGGGGCUCUGGAAGUGAUGUGGGGACUCAGUUCACAGUACAGCUCAGUACAGUGACUUUCAAGUUAACAUUUUCUUCUCAAACUCAGUGUACUGUGCUAUAAAAACACGUGUAUGUAAAUUCAAGUUGCAUCAGAGGGAUGCAGACCAGCUCCUGAGAGAGAGGAGGGGAGCAGGGGGAGGGGGAGGGGGCUUCAGCAUUGCCAUAAGCGUUCAUUCUCUUAAAGACUGCAAGCAAAUAUAUGGAGAUUCUGGCUAAUUUUAGUUGUGUUAUAUGGAUAUCAUGUCUUAUUUUUUUGUACUUUUCUGUAUUUUUCAAAACAAGAAUGGAGGUAAUGGUGGGAACUCUGCACCUGUAGAGAUGUUAUAGUUGACUAAUUCCCAAUCAGAUACUGAGCUUUUAUAGAGAUAUUUCUAAAACUUCAUCAUAACAAUGAGUGGAUGGACUUGGCACUCUAUGUAAUGAAAUUAUCUAUUUUAUUAAAAUUUAAAGUUGCAGCAUA